GCCCUGAGUCCCUUUGAAUGUGGAUGUGUGUCAUCUGAUUCGUCUUUCACGGCCCCAGCAUGUGCUCUACAAAUGGGAUGCACUCAAGUUAUUGAACAGUGAGGGGUGGAGGGGGGAGAAGGAAAGCAAGGGAUGCUUGGAGAUGGUCCCCUCCGGGGCAGAUAGAGGAAGAUGGACCCUUAGUGAGACCACGCGCAGAACAGGCUGGGUGAGCCACUUCCGUCCCUGAUGUCCACAGAGGCAGCUUCCUCUCUAGUGCUGGGCGAGUGUGCCAUAGGGUAUGGCUUCAGCACUGAGCUUGUAAACUGACCUACCUUGAAGUAGGCCACCAAGCCAAGGGCGUCUGGACCAGGAAUGACAAACAAAUGGCACCAUUCCCCCACCCUCAGGGUGGACAUUGUUCAUCAACGGCCUGGCCCCAGUGAGGCCCAUGGGCCUUCCUGACGCAGCCUUCCAGACCAUCCUGCUAGUCCAUGGAGAUAGCAGAUAUGCUGCAAGCUUUCUGAUCCUGAGUCUGCACUUGUCCUCGGCACCAUAGCCUGUGACCGUAAGAGAAUAGACUGUCCGGGGGCUUUGUCAACAAGCACGAUGUUCCUUAGUCUCAUGGGCUCUUGGCUAAGGAAAGAGCCCCAGGGUCAUGUCUUCUACCUCCACCUUAGGCAGGAUUCACCCUUGGGGCACCCCCGGAAGGCGCUUGUGAGCUGGAAGCUAAUUGCUCUGCAAAGUGAUGCAGUUGUUUAUGGAAUUUUUUUUUUUAACAGAACAGAGAUCUGUCUCCUUGCAACUCUGCCCGCUAUUUCUGAUACAAGUUUACUCACUGCUCCACCUGACAGCCCUUUUGAUAUUUUGAUAUUCGAAGGGAAUGAUCAUAUUCUCAAAGUCUUCUGAUCUUUAGCCAGAACAUCCUUCAGUUAUCUUCACAUGUUGGGAGUUUCUCACUCAUCACCAUCCUCAUCACCCUCCUUGAGAUGUUUGCUCAUUUGUCACUUUCUGUUCAGCCAGCGGCUGUUACACAUCAGGCCCCAUCCCAGGUGCUAGAGACAUAGCAGUGAAUGAGGCAGACUUCGCAGUCUGCAGGGGAGUUCAGAGUCCUCUUACUGUGUGGAUCCAGUUUAAAGGGAUGUGACUGUGGCUGAGACUGGUGCCUGGCAUGGAUUCGUUCAUGAGUCCAGGGCUCUGUUUUCUGUGGUGGCUCCAAGAGAGUGCACGGUCCCUGCUGAUUGAAAGAAGGAUGAAGGGCAGAAGAGGGGCGGGGAGCUGUGUGCCCUAAGAUCUCAUUGCCUUUUUAUGCCGAUUAACAUGCUUUUAGCCCCUACUGAGCUUAUAGUUAACAGAAGUUUCCAGGUCUUUCUUCACCUGAACUGUGUCUAAAACAAGUUCCCUCCACCUUCUAUAUUUAUACGCUUGAUUUUUAAAACCUAAAUGUUGGGCUUCACAUUUGUUCCUUGUAAAUUUCAUCUGGGUGAUUGCAGUCUACCCUCUGGCCUUUAAAAAUUGUCUGAGCCUUGAUUCGAUCAUGAAACCAGCUUACUCUUCCCCUGUGUGCUGGCCCCAGUUUUCUAACCAGGUGUUGAAUGAACUGGAUGGACUCUGCCAGAUCCCUCCGUGCAAGGCUGGAAUCAGUCCAUUGUUCAACUGUGCCCUUUGGGGCUGUGGUUCAUUUGGCUCUGAUUUUUCCUAUAUGUUCUCUCCUCCAACCCCCAUAGCUCCAUCUUGUCUACAAGAUUCUGUUAGAAGCCGUCAAAAUCCUGCUGACUCGAGAUGCACUGUGCUGCAUGUUUUCCCCGGGCACAGCAGGCUACUAAUCCUGUUACAAAGAGAAGUGCUGUACAUUGCGAGCAGUGCUGGCCCCUGGGACUCACCGCAGCCUUUUCUAAGUGCUUACAGACUCUCUGUUUAAUAAUCCAUUCCAGAAAUUUUCCAGGGCUCAUUGUUGAGCUUGGUGUUUGCAACUUUCAGUGAUCAGCCCUUCUGUCCUUUGUGGGAGCACCAGGACAGAGCAGCCUUUGUCCCUCCCCAGUCUCAGUUCCCUCCCACUGCCCCUGUGGACCUCGAAUGCAGAGCUUAUGCACCUACUGAAGGUCGUGUCAGCACCCAAGGCAGAAUGAGGCUGCCUUGGGAACUAGGGUAAAUUAAAACAGCUUGUGCUGGAGGACCCUUUACAGCAGAUGAAGGCCUGUCCCCAGCCAGAAAAGAUGGAGCACACGCUGGGUGGUGGCCCCGCUUCCUCACUGGAAGGAGAUGGUGCUCUUCUUUUUUCUUUCUGAAUUGUGGCCACCUUCAUACCAGUCUGUCAUGGAACACUUAAGCCGCUUGAGUGCCUGCUGGUACUCCCAGCCCUGCCAUGCCUGAGCCCCCUGCACACAAGGAGCCAGGAGUAAUCAGGGCAGACCCAUUAGGGUACGGGGACUCCUGGAUUGUGAAAUUGGCUCUCUGGGGGCCAAGGCCUUCUAAAGUUGGUGGAAGUGGCUUUGGCUUAUUGGGUCCGAUUCUAGGCCAUUCAUUCCAACCUUUAGAGACAUCCCAGCUUUCCCUAGCCCAGAGUCUGCAACCCCUCCACCAUCCCACAUCCUCCUCCUCCCUUUCCUCAUGAACCCCAGUCACGCCUCUGCCUUCUCAAACCCCUUCACCAUCCCACACCCUCCUCCUCCCUUUCCUCAUGAACCCCAGGUGUGCCUCUGCCUUCUCAUCCCUGCGCAUCACACAGCCUCGCUCGUGCCCGGUGAAUGCUGAGGCUGCUCUGGACAUGGAGUGUGGCCCUGUGGGCAAGGGCUGGGCUCUUGGAGGUAGGGGAGCUACCGGGGCGACUGGGAGGAGGAUGUUGUGUUACACACGCGUCAGAGUUAACUUUGCAGUGAGAGCGGCCUUGCUGCGGCCAAAGAACAUGGAAAAGCAUGAGUGGGGUUAUGUGCCUUAAAGCAUCAGACACUUGGGCCUCGGGCACCAGGAGCCGGCCACAGGGAUGUCUGGGGAAAUGGCGUUCCGUGAGACGCAAGCACACAAGAAUGCACUUGGCACAUCUGGGGAACAGCAGGCAGCUGAUAUCACUGGGCCCACCCCGCACCAGGGAGGAUGGAAGCAGGAUCUCCCAGCGGGUAGAACAGAGCCGGAGCCAGGUGCAGGCCAUUGGAGAGAAGGUCUCCUUGGCCCAGGCCAAGAUUGAGAAGAUCAAGGGCAGCAAGAAGGCCAUCAAGGUGUUCUCCAGUGCCAAGUACCCUGCUCCAGAGCGCCUGCAGGAAUAUGGCUCCAUCUUCACGGGCGCCCAGGACCCUGGCCUGCAGAGACGCUCCCGCCACAGGAUCCAGAGCAAGCACCGCCCCCUGGACGAGCGGGCCCUGCAGGAGAAGCUGAAGUACUUUCCUGUGUGCGUGAGCACCAAGCCGGAGCCCGAGGACGAUGCAGAAGAGGGACUUGGGGGUCUUCCCAGCAACAUCAGCUCUGUCAGCUCCUUGCUGCUCUUCAACACCACCGAGAACCUGUACAAGAAGUAUGUCUUCCUGGACCCCCUGGCUGGUGCUGUAACAAAGACCCAUGUGAUGCUGGGGGCAGAGACAGAGGAGAAGCUGUUUGAUGCCCCCUUGUCCAUCAGCAAGAGAGAGCAGCUGGAACAGCAGGUCCCAGAGAAUUACUUCUAUGUGCCAGACCUGGGCCAGGUGCCUGAGAUCGAUGUUCCAUCUUACCUGCCUGACCUGCCCGGCAUUGCCAAUGACCUCAUGUACAGUGUCGACCUGGGCCCCGGCAUUGCCCCCUCUGCCCCUGGCACCAUUCCAGAACUGCCCACCUUCCACACUGAGGUAGCCGAGCCUCUCAAGGCAGACCUACAAGAUGGGGUACUAACAGCACCCCCACCACCCCCACCGCCCCCACCACCUCCCCCAGCUCCUGAGGUGCUGGCCAGUGCACCCCCACUCCCACCCUCAACCGCGGCCCCUGUAGGCCAAGGCGCCAGGCAGGACGACAGCAGCAGCAUCGCGUCUCCUUCAGUCCAGGGAGCUCCCAGGGAAGUGGUCGACCCCUCCGGUGGCCGGGCCACCCUGCUAGAGUCCAUCCGCCAAGCUGGGGGCAUCGGCAAGGCCAAGCUGCGCAGCGUGAAGGAGCGAAAGCUGGAGAAGAAGAAGCAGAAGGAGCAGGAGCAAGUGAGAGCCACGAGCCAAGGUGGGGACUUGAUGUCGGAUCUCUUCAACAAGCUGGUCAUGAGGCGCAAGGGCAUCUCUGGGAAAGGACCUGGGGCUGGUGAGGGGCCCGGAGGAGCCUUUGCCCGCGUGUCAGACUCCAUCCCUCCUCUGCCGCCACCGCAGCAGCCACAGGCAGAGGAGGACGAGGACGACUGGGAAUCCUAGGGGGCUCCAUGACACCUUCCUCCCCCAGACCCAGACUUGGGCCGUUGCUCUGACAUGGACACAGCCAGGACAAGCUGCUGAGACCUGCUUCCCUGGGAGGGGGUGACGGAACCAGCACUGUGCGGAGACCAGCUUCAAGGAGCGGAAGGCUGGCCUGAGGCCACACAGCUGGAGCGGGGACUUCUGUCUGCCUGUGCUCCAUGGGGGGACGGCUCCAGCCAGCCUGCGCCAGUGUGUUCUUCUCUUCUCUAAAGAGGCUUCCAGAGAAAAUGGCACACCAAUCAAUAAAGAACUGAGCAGAAA